UAAUAAUGAUGAAAAUUCCUCCUCCUCCUCCUCCUCCUCUUCAUCAUUUUUAGAUUUAUUUGAUGAUCAUAGUGCAAAAGAGCAACAAGUAAUUAUGCAAAAUAUUUGCAUGAAUAACUAUAUGUUACAUCAUUAUUUGCAAGAAUAUCAAAAUAUUGAAGUUUCUAGCGUUGGGGAAAAAUUGGUAGGGCUUCCCUCCAAAAAACCCCAAAUUGUAAAUUCCCUCAAAAACCCUAACUCAAUUAGCUGCUCGCUUAACCGCAUAGCAUUCUCCUCAGCCGCCUCUGUAGCUCCCAACGCUCCGCUCAAUCAGGAGACUAUGAAUCCUCAAAUGCAAGAUGCAUUAUCCUCUCCUCAAGUUAAAGCAACAUUUCGCCUUGGAUCAGAAGCAUACUCUGUUGAGGCAUGUAAAGGGAUUUUAUCUGAGCAACUGAUAUCUAUGAAAGAGCAAAGCAUGACCAUACUGAAGGACUAUAUCACCAAGCAUAAUGUUCCAAAUGAAGUCCCUGAUGAACCAGAAGAGUUUUCUUCAGAAGAUGAUGGUGAAAUUCCCGAGCAGCCCCCUGUAAAAUCCAAGAAGCGCAAUUGAUAAAGAUGUGGAAUUAAUUGCCAGUUGCCAUUACUUGAGAUCAAGGGAACUCUUUUAGUAUUUUACAAGAGUGUGAUGUGAAUGCUUGGUGAAAGUUUCCAUAUCUCUUUAAUUGGACAAUUUUUCUCUAGAAUGGAGUCUAACAAAAGGCCCUUUUGUUUGUUCAA